AUGGCGGACAACGUCAACCAAACCCUCCACGACGUCGUUGAACGGACUCGGGCUAAAAUCCUGCACUCCCUCAGUGGUAUACUCACCUCUGCUAGAGUGGCGCCGCACACGCACGCGCUGGCGCAGUGGCAGACGCAGCAGUUCCAGUUGCGCGUGCACGUGUUGAGUUUGGCGCACUCCUGCCGUACUCUGCUCUCAAUGGCGAGCGACUUGUCCGUGGGCGAUGUGUUGUACAACGUGGAUGAGCGGCGGCGGAAGUUCGACGAGGAAGCUGCGGAAGUGAAGGCCUACCUGCAGAAGAUUCGAGACAUGUACUUAAUCUCGGAGAAGAUGAUUCAGACCCUCAGCGCGGAAUUAGCUACCCAGCUGCCCCCUCUGCCAAAUAUCCUCCAACCGAAUAGCGGUGCUGCCUGUGGCGGUGACCAGGUCAACGGUGGUGUCCAGCUGCCAGUGGUGAUUGACAGUCAACCCAGACCUCUACCGCGGUCGACCGUGGUGGAGGCGCUGGCCAACAUCACUCUACCGGCCACAACUGCGGGAGUCAGUUCCGACCGGAUCGACCAAGUGUCGACCGCAGUCAUCGACAAUAACCCCUUCCUGCCGGACAUCGUGCCCAGACAAUUCGACAGAGACUGCUUAACCACCAAAGCAGUUGUCCGGACACCCAAUAACGUCACCACCGAAGAAGCCAUUGAGUGGCUCACUGUCGAUAGCCAGGUGGUCAUGCCGCCACAACAUCCAGUAGACACCUACCACUCAAGGCUCAUGCUGCAUCCUUAA